AUGGAUACUAAAGGCAAGAACAGUGUUACAAUUGAAAGUGACAUUCCCCCUGGAAGAAUAAUGACAAUUGAUCUGAAGUUCCCGGCGACUGUACAGCAACGCCAUGGUUGUGAAGGGCUUGAAAACCAUAUCUCGAAGUACCUAGAACGUCCAGAUCCUGGGUUUUCUUUUUCCUACGCAUACACGCGAAAAGAUACACGAGUACUAGUACCUCCGACCAGGACAGGACAGGCGAUUUAUCUUGCCUCUGAAUCUACCAAACUCCGCUAUCUUUCACGCCUUUUUGAGAAAGAGGGUCUUUCAGAUGGUAAUUUAGGACGCUGGCUUGUCUUCACACAUUGGCCUCUUAUUAUGUGGAUGACUGAAAUGUUUCUUGAUGCUCUGUCUAUCCCAUAUAUUGUUAUUAGAUCUCAGAUGACAACUGAUCAGCAAAAUGAGGCUGUUGAGUUGUUCACUGCACCCAGUUCACCGUACAAGGUACUGUUGACAACAUAUACAUGUGGCGCAUUUGGGCUGAACCUACAAACCUAUUGUAGUCGCGUCGUUUGUAUGGAACCCCCACUGAAUCUGGCUACACUAUUCCAAGGGUCGGUUCGGCUUCACCGAAUUGGCCAGAAGAGCAAACAGCGGGUGUGGAUUCUGUUUGAUGACGAUGAAGGAGAUGUCGAGCCUAUUGAGGCAGAUCUUAUUAAUAAAGAGGCAGACAAGGAGUUGUGUCGUUUACUGGGACACAAUCGCUCACGUCUUUUCUUUAGUAACGUCCAUGAUCUUGGAUAUGAACCGGACAAUGAACUAUUUGCACCACCAUCAACAAAGAAAUUACAUUCAAAACGACAAGUUUUUCAACCAAGGUUGGCUUGUUUUUACUGA